GCAGUUGCACAUGCAGAAGAAGGGGCAUUCGCUGAGACAAUUAAAACUCUCCGAUCACUCGAGAAUUUGAAUUCAAUUGUUUUUCCCUAUUAUAGAGAAUUCGAAAGCUGUCGUAAGACAACUACGCCUUCUAACCCGCGAUCGCUUGUCACGUUCGCGAAGCCGCCAGCAACAGGGAUAGCUCGGCACCCCGCACGCCGCUGCCAGAACCCGAGUAAAUAAAUUGGGAACCGGCCAAAUCUCUCUCGAUCAUCAAGUCCGCAUUUCGUGGCAGGAGGAACAUCAUAACAUCACACAAUGGCAUUGAAUCUGAGGACGGGACGGCGCGCCCUGACCGGGGCCCUGCGGCCCUUUGUGACUCCCCUUUGCCAUGCGCGCCGGUCAUACGCGACCGCCGAGCCUGACCUUAAGACGACGCUCAAGGAGGUUAUCCCCGAGAAGCGUGAGCUGCUCAAGAAGGUCAAGGCCCACGGGUCCAAGGUCAUCGGCGAGGUCAAGGUUGAGAACACCAUUGGCGGCAUGCGCGGGCUCAAGGCCAUGGUUUGGGAGGGCUCCGUGCUCGACGCCAACGAGGGCAUCCGCUUCCACGGGCGCACCAUCAAGGACUGCCAGAAGGAGCUGCCCAAGGGCAAGACGGGCACCGAGAUGUUGCCCGAGGCCAUGUUCUGGUUGCUGCUGACCGGCAAGGUGCCCUCGGUCAACCAGGUCCGCCAGUUCUCGCGCGAGCUUGCCGAGCAGGGUCAACUGCCCGACUUCGUCAACAAGAUGCUCGACAAUUUCCCGCGCGACCUGCACCCCAUGACCCAGUUUGCCAUUGCCGUCUCGGCCCUCAACUACACCUCCAAGUUUGCCAAGGCCUACGAGAAGGGCCUCAGCAAGGCCGACUACUGGGAGCCCACCUUUGACGACUGCAUUUCGCUGCUCGCCAAGCUGCCCACCAUUGCCGCCAAGAUCUACCAGAACUCCUACCGCGGCGGCGGCCCGCUGCCUGCCGAGAUCGACUUCGAGCAGGACUGGUCCUACAACUUCGCCGCCAUGCUCGGCAAGGGCGGCCCGGAGAACGAGAACUUCCAGGACCUCCUGCGCCUGUACCUUGCCCUGCACGGCGACCACGAGGGCGGCAACGUCUCGGCCCACACGACACAUCUAGUGGGUAGCGCUCUGAGCGACCCCUUCCUCAGCUACAGCGCCGGUCUGCAGGGUCUGGCCGGACCGCUGCACGGCCUCGCCGCCCAGGAAGUCCUUCGCUGGAUCCUCCAGAUGAAGGAAGCCAUUCCGGAGUCCUACACCGACCAAGACGUGCAGGACUACCUCUGGGCGACUCUCAACUCGGGACGGGUCGUUCCCGGCUACGGCCACGCCGUCCUGCGCAAGCCCGACCCGCGCUUCGAGGCCCUCAUGGACUACGCCGCCGCGCGGCCGGAGAUUGCCCGCGACCCGGUCUUCAAGCUGGUCCAGACCAACAGCCGCAUCGCGCCCGAGGUGCUCAAGAAGCACGGCAAGACAAAGAACCCCUACCCCAACGUCGACAGCAGCUCCGGCGUCCUGUUCCACCACUACGGCUUCCACGAGACCCUCUACUACACUGCCACCUUUGGCGUGAGCCGCGGCUUGGGUCCCCUGGCCCAGCUGAUCUGGGAUCGGGCCCUUGGCCUGCCAAUUGAGCGGCCCAAGAGCAUCAACCUGGCUGGUAUCCUCAAGGAGGUUGAGAAGCAGUAAGGGGUUGGGUCAUCUGGGGCCAGCAGACGGGGAAGUCAAUGAGGAUGGGAAAAGUUGAUCAUGUAGCGUGCUCUGUUGAGAGAUGUAUGUACAACGUACUUAUUAUUGCAAUGCAUUUGCUUCAGGCGGCAUGCAUUUGUGUCUCUGCGCCGUCUUUGCGCGGGGAAAAUGCAUUGGCGUUUGUCAAGUCACGCCACUUCCG